CCCUUUUUUCACUCUGACACUCAGUUGUUUCCUGUACAGCAGUCAGUCGCUCUGCGCCAUCAACAACAUGGCCAUAUGCCGAAAAGACAGCUUCCUUUGGGGGAAAGCUCCACCAAAACUCCCCCCAGGAGAGAAGAGACAGGGUGGCACCAUUAAGAUUCACAAGUUUGAGCUGCUGGAUGACAUUCAGAAGCUGAGGUUGGAGAUCAAUCACGUCAUGCCAGAUAUCCACAGUCCUGAGCUGAAGGAGCAUAAUAAAAAUAUUAUGAGGAACAGAAGAUUCUUACGUGGGAAAAAGAAAUUCAACAUGGACCCUAAAGGGGGUGUCCAUUACCUGGUUGAACAUGACCUGUUGGAAUGGCGAGCAGAGUCGGUGGCCGAGUUUCUUUACAAAGAGGAAGGACUGAACAAGACCGCCAUUGGCAACUUCUUGGGAGAAAGGGAGGAAAUGCAUCUGCAGACACUGAAAGCGUUUGUGGGCUUGCAUGAAUUCUCAGAUCUGAAUCUGGUGCAGGCGCUGAGGCAGUUUCUGUGGAGCUUUCGUCUCCCUGGAGAAGCUCAGAAGAUUGACAGGAUGAUGGAGGCGUUUGCAACUCGCUACUGCAACUGUAACCCAGGGGUCUUCCAGUCCACAGACACAUGCUACAUCCUGUCUUUUGCCAUCAUCAUGCUCAACACAAGUCUCCACAACCCCAACGUGAAAGACAAACCCAGUCUGCAGCGAUUUGUAUCCAUGAACAGAGGGAUCAACAAUGGGGAGGACCUGCCCACCGAGCUGCUCACGAAACUGUACGCAAGCAUCCGCAGCGAGCCAUUCAAAAUCCCAGAGGAUGAUGGGAAUGACCUCACGUUGACGUUCUUUAAUCCAGACAGGGAAGGCUGGCUGCUUAAAAUGGGUGGACGAGUCAAAACCUGGAAGAGGAGAUGGUUCAUUCUGACAGACAGCUGCUUGUACUACUUCGAAUACACCACAGAUAAAGACCCAAUCGGGAUUAUUCCUCUGGAGAACCUGUGUGUCAGGAAACUACAAGACACAAGCAAACCAUAUUGUCUGGAGUUAUAUAACCCCAAAGGACAAAAGAUCAAGGCCUGCAAGACGGAGAACAAAGGCAGAGUGGUGCAGGGUAAACACCAGUCCUAUAAGCUCAGCGCAGCCAGUGCAGAAGAACGGGACGACUGGAUAGACGCAAUCAGGGCGAGCAUCACCAAAGACCCUUUUUAUGACCUGGUGUCUCUACGAAAGAGGAAAAUCAUCAGCAACGCUUCCUCCUAGGACUGAAAUACGAGACAACGGAGGAAGCAACAUUGGAUCCUGGACGACGUGGGUUUUUUUUUGGAUCUGUCAUCCUGUGAUUUUAUGACAGAGCCUGUUCAGGAAAAGUAAAACCAAAACUGAACUGCAUUUUCACAGUAAUGUACAAAUUAGGGAACCAAAACUGUAAAAUGAGAAAACUAGUAUGGAUAUUUUGGGCUUGCAGUGUGUUACUUCUGCAAACUGCACGCAGUACUGCAGCAGCUUCAGGGGGCUGACAAUCCUACUGACAAACAUCUGCUGCAGAGUGGAGGCCCAGAUGGGUGGCAUGGCAUUCCCUCCAGGAAUCUGAUCUUCUGGUGCCUCCCCACCAGGGUCAGAAAUGAUAGAAAGUUGGCUUGUCAGUAUCAGGGAUGGAUUACUGAAUGGGCCUACUGGGUGCAGGUUCCCUUUGACUGAACCUCUGUAUCAACUGACAGUUCUUUUAGGAAAGGAAUGUACAUGUACAGCAAACACAAAGAGAUGCACCAUGACUAAAAAGGGAGACAAAAUGACCACAGACAAAAAAUGACUAAGAAGUGACAGAAGAACAACCACAAAGAGACACGAAACAACAAAAAAGUGAAAUAAAACAACAGAACAGAAAACGACCACAAAGCAAGGUAAAAUGACUAAAAAGGGAUGCAAAAUGACCACAAAGAGAGAGGAUAACACAUAAAAAAGGGGCACAAAAAGGCCCAUUAGUGACAUAUUACAACCUCAAAGGAGAAAAAUUACUAAAAAGGGAUGCAAAAUGA